AUGUUUCAGCUACUUUGCGGGGGUUUAAUUGAACAAGUAGUGCAAUCAAAUAUUAAUAACACAAGCGAUAAUCGAUCUCAAAGAAAUAGUUCAAAUCCAUCACAAGCAAGUGCAAAAGGAAGACCUGCUAAAAGAUUGAAGUCAUGUGUUGAAAAUAACUCAAAGAAAUCUAAUAGUAAACAAAUAAUUACCAAUGUUCGUUCUGGAGAUGCUUAUACAUGUCGAAAUUGUUCUACGAAUGGACAUAAUGCAAGAAGUU